AUGGUGGCUGGCAACGCGCGCUACGUUCGCUACAUCAUCAUCGCCGUCUUUACUCUGGCAGUGUUUUAUUUUGUUUCCAACUCAAAGUACGACGCUGUGACCAUUCCAACGGGUUUGGAUCAUGCCAGCACGAAUACCAACGCUGGCAAAUCAGACGACCCCAGAAAUGAACCUCAACAACCCCUCGAGAAACCCGAGAGCUCCGAUAACGCUGCGACUGUCCCGAAGAAACAGAACGGAAACAAUGCGCAAUCCCCGCUGGCUAUGACACCAGAAGAUCCCAAUUGGGAUGUUGAACUGGUUUCUCCUGCUCCUGGACCUCGCAUGAACGCCACCUUCGUUACUUUGGCUCGCAACAGCGACGUGUGGGAUAUUGCUCGCUCGAUCCGCCAGGUCGAGGACAGAUUCAACCGCCGAUACAACUAUGACUGGGUCUUCCUCAACGACAAGCCCUUCGACGAAACCUUUAAAAAGAUCACCACGUCCCUGGUGUCCGGCAAGACGCACUAUGGCGAGAUCGCCGAGGAGCAUUGGUCAUUCCCCCAGUGGAUCGACCAGGACAAGGCCAAGAAAGUGCGCGAGGACAUGGCUGAGCGCAAGAUCAUCUAUGGUGAUUCCGUGAGCUACCGCCACAUGUGCCGAUUUGAAUCCGGUUUCUUCUUUCGACAGCCCCUUAUGAUGAACUACGAUUACUACUGGCGUGUUGAGCCAUCUAUUGAAUUGUACUGCGACAUCCACUAUGACCCUUUCCGCGUCAUGCAUGAAGGUGGCAAGAAGUAUAGCUUCGUUCUCAGCUUGUACGAAUACGCAGAGACCAUCAAGACUCUUUGGGACAGCACCAAGAAGUUUAUGAAGAACCACCCCGAACACAUUGCUGCGGAUAACGUUAUGGGUUUCCUCAGUGACGAUGGCGGAGAAACAUACAACAACUGCCAUUUUUGGUCCAACUUCGAGGUCGGCAAUCUGAACUGGCUCCGAAGCAAGCCUUACAUUGACUUCUUCGAAUCUCUUGACCGUGACGGUGGCUUCUUUUAUGAACGAUGGGGCGAUGCCCCAGUUCACUCUAUUGCAGCUGGACUCUUGUUGAACAAGAGCGACAUUCAUUUCUUCAACGACAUUGCCUACUGGCACGUCCCUUUCACUCAUUGUCCUACUGGCGAGAAGACCCGAUUGGCUCUCCGAUGCCACUGCAAUCCAAGCGACAACUUUGACUGGAAGGGCUACUCUUGCACUUCACGAUUCUUCGACGUCACAGGCAAGACCAAGCCUAAGGGCUGGGAGAGUGAGAAAGAUUGA